UCGAUACAUUGCACAUUCUUUCUACCGACAUGUGUAUUUAAUGUGUUGUUUUAAAAAAUAUAAACAUUAAUUUUCUACCUAAUUAGGAAUUAUCGCGCGUGUUUUUGUUUUUAUCAAAAAAUUAAUAAUUGAUUUGUUAAUCGAUUCUUCUCUUUUUUUCCACAUCUCUCGACAACGUUGUUUUUCUUUCUGCGUUGUUCUCUAUGCGCAAACGUAUCUUCAAAGAUAUAUAUGAUUUUUUGCAAAGCACACACAAUAGAUAUAAUAGAAUGAGCGAAGAAAAUAAACAAAAAUCGUGUAACAAUUCUCAACGAAAUAACAUAGGUACUCACAUCAUGGUUUCGAUACUUAGUAUCGGUAUCGGUUCUAUAUUGUUUGCGUAUGUGGCAUUUGCUUCAACGAUACACAACGGUACACAAACUUCUAUACAACAGGUGAUAUUUGUUUUUCGACAUGGAGAUCGUAAUCCUACGGAAACUUAUCCAAACGAUCCAUAUCGGAAUUACAAAUGGCAAGGUGGUUGGGGAGCUUUAACAAAGGAUGGUAUGCUACGAAUGUAUAACAUUGGUCAAUGGAUUCGCACUGAAUACGGCUCGAUAAUUGGCAACACAUACGAUAGUACUCUAUCUCUGACGCAGAGUAGUUAUGCGGAUCGGUGUAUAAUGUCCGCGCAAGUUUUAUUAGCAGGUUUAUAUCCACCAACCAAUGAAGAAAUUUUUGUAUCAGGUUUGACCUGGCGACCUGUCCCUGUUCAUUCGACUCCUAGACAUUUGGAUAAGAUGAUUGUAGUUAAAGCACCUUGUCCAAGAUUAGAAAAAGCUUUGAAAGAAGCAUACGUGAACGAAUCUAGACGUCCAGAAUCUCCAUCAAGCAAAUAUUAUCAAGAACUUUCUAAUUAUACCGGGCAAAAUAUUUCAACGAUUACCGAUAUUGAAUUUUUAUAUAACACUUUGGAAAUUGAAGAACGCAAUGGUUUAAAAUUACCCGAAUGGACAAUCGAAUACUAUAAUCAACAAAUGCGUGAAAUCGCAGCUCGUAGUUUAGCCAUAUUUACGAGUAAUACAUUACAACAACGACUUCGUGGAGGACCAUUGCUUAAAGAAAUUUUGGAGCGUUUGAAUGCUUUUAAUAAUCAAAAUACAAGACGAGCAUAUUUUUAUUCUGCUCAUGAUAUAACUCUCGUUAAUUUGUUGAGAACCAUGGGUUUCACGAAUGAAUAUUUUAAACCUGAAUAUGGAUCGACGCUUAUUUUUCAAUUGCAUGCUGGAUCCAAUUUUACAGAAGACAUGGAAUUGAAGUUGAUGUAUCUAAAUGAUACAAAAGCUCUUAUACCACACUAUAUGAAUAUACCUAAGUGUGGUACACCUUGUCUAUUAAAGAAUUUGAUGAAAUUGUGGAAAAACGUGCUUCCCGAUAACUGGGAUAAUGAAUGCUUACAUUCAUAAUUCUUUUUAAGAAUUGUUUUAGCUCAUAUAAAUUGGAUACUCAUUAACUUGGAAUAAAUAUGAAUGAAUGAUAA